AACUGCGGGCGGCUGGCAAGCACGCAUCAUUCAAGGACGCCCAGUCCGCGAAUCUUCCACAAGCUUCCUGCAGCGCCCGGGUGCUUCCUAGAAAGGCGCGACGCACGGGAGGCCCCGAUCCAGGUCUCCUAUAUAUAUUCACCGGCGCGGUGAGGUUAAUCGGUUGCGCAGGAUUAUACUCUUCUUCGGGAGUCGCUCGGACGAUCGACGCGGAAGAAGACUCGUCUUCAACAAUGUCGACGAAUACACGGAUGGCCGUUUUAUUCGCGGUGGUGGGCCUGCUUCUCUGCGUGCGGACGUCGUCGGGCCAGGGCAAUUCGUACUCGGUCAGCAGCUUCCACCACGAGAGCUUCGGCCCCGACGGCAUUGUGAUGGGCCGCUCGGGCUACAAGGACUCGACGGGCAAGAGCCGCUUCACGCACUACCAGGUGGGCAAGGACGGCAGGCGAAAGUUCAUCCGGGACGACCCCGAGGGCGACAUCGAGUCCAGGAGCCUGCUGCCCGACCCUUCAAAGGUCGGCUUCGGCUUCCCGGGAGGAUUCCCCGGAUUCGGGGACCCGCAUCUCGACUUCUUCAAGGCUCUGGGUUUCCCCAAGAGCGCCUUCUUCCCCGGCUUUCCCCAGGACCUGCUGCCACGUGAUCUCCUGCCACCCUCCGUAGCCAGUGGAUCCGGAGGCGGAGUGGAAGGUCGCAAGGGCAGCACAAACAACUUCCCAAGCACAUCAACAAUCGACUUCUUCGGUGGGUCUCUGCUGCCGCCACUCAUCACCACGCAACACUUCUUCCCACCCGACCUGCUUCCGCGAGAGCUGCAGACGACACCGUCUCCCGAAUCCAGUGGAACCAAGGGCACCCGUACCGCCCCACUGCCCGCCGUGUCAACGGGACUUGAACAGACGCCGCCGCCACAGAACAAGCGCAUCCCACCACCACCAGUGCCUAGGGACCUGGCAAAUGAACGCUACACUCUGCAGUGACAAAAGGAAAAAUAAGACUCGGCAUGUCGAUGCCUCCUCUUCUUCCUCCUUUAGGCAGGAAGCUGGUUGGGUGUCGCCACUGUGAAUUUGGCAAACGUAAGCCAGGAACUCUUAGGGAUGCUACCUUUGCACAAAUGACGUGGGAACGUCCUAAGCUGCGAUUUCUUCUUUAGCGCAAAAUUUUUUUUUAAACAAGGCACAAAAAGAACGCGAAAGUGUGUCGCACUCUUUUCGUCUCCCAUUUCAGGAGUUUUGUAUGCUAAAGAAGAAAUCAUGGAUUACCAACUAGCCCGAACACGCACAUUCUAACCCCAUUUAACAAAUGCGUCUCAGACUCUGAAGUGUGAACUUGAGAAAUCACUGCGCUUAAUAUAUUAUUACUGGGAAAUUCCCGUGACGAGAUCCUUGAGGAACACCGCCUCUGGUCCAAUGCUCUCCGUAGAAGACGUUCCAGAUGUCAAACUACGAGAACAGCUCUAUAAUCUCUAAGUGGCAGUCACUUCAUAGUAACACAACCCAAAAUGUGGCACUUUCUUCUACAAAGCAUUCAGGGAAGAGCUUCGUGUCAAAGUAAUGGACGCAGAUGAAAGUAAAUUUUUGCAGCAAGUGGUGGCACAGCUAAUGCACAGGCAGUAAAGCGGUCGCACCCUAGUUAACUGCCUGUAAUAAUAUUUUCAUAUUGCCAGCCCAAAACAUCGUGAAAGUAGCUUUCCCGUAACCGUAACAUCACAGGUGCCAGUCGAGAGAUUCCAAGACGUGUAGGCUAGAUUCACCGAGCUAGCGAUUUCCAAACUACGGCCAUGAUGCUUAAGUGAAAGCCACCCAAAUAUGCCAAGUACUGCAACAUCGUCUAGCUUCCAUUAUUUUGGAGGCGAAGUAAGCUGCCUGUGCAAAUUAGCGAAAAGCUACAGGUAAUACAAACCGGAGGAAACAUGAACUGCUAACUAUUGAUACUACUAUGAUGCCAAAUCUUCAGGAUAUUUGCCACGCAAGCUUAAAAGUGCAUGUCAUCUUCACUUCUUCCAUGUUUAAGAAGCAUGCGGUAGAGUAUCUACAACUUAAAAAAUAUCUCCUGUAGUACUUUGAUGCUUAAUUAGAUUCAUCACAGCCAUGGCAAAAUUGAUGUUAGAACAUUGUGUAUUUAGGACAUCGCAUGUUUUUUUUCGUUCUUGCUUAGUUUUCUUUAUAUUUGUAUGACAGGCCAUAAAGUACGACACCAAAUGCUAGAGUACCUAUCGUGACUCCAUCGAAGCAUCGUUGUGGUAACAUUGAACAAGUUUCUUGUCAAUACAAAUGACCGAAACGUCCCCCCCUUUUUUUUGUACCAGCUUCCAAUGAGAGUUCUUUCUUUCUUCCAUGCCAGUUUGGCGCUUUUGUCAGAACUGCACCAGAAGAGUCUUUCCAGCCAAAGAAUUGUGCACUUGUCAUACCAAUCACCUCUACGUUACAGACUUAUUUUUGCAGUGAAUAAAAGCUAUGUACCAUUGUGGGGAAAAAAUAAACAAA